CAGGGGGGAGACUUCCUCGGGGCCUUCAGGAGUCAGGGACAGGGACUUGUAGGAGCUGCGGACGCGCCAUGGAUUCGGCAGCGGCGUUUCCCCCCAGUCCCAUUGAUUUGUAUAUGAAAACAUAGCGCGUUUCUUCUUCUCCCCCCUUCUGGGUUCUGCUUCUGAGUGAUCAGCUGAUGAAGAGACUAGCAGCACGCCGCUAUGCUGGUUUGCUAAUUCUCUCCCCCACAGCUGCAGCCGAUCCUGCGCGCCAGCCUGCAGACUGCAGCCAGCCUAAAGCAGGAGAGAACGGUUCCCUGGAGGACAUGGAGGACGACGUGGGCCUGAAGAAGCGUAAAGGUGAUCAUCCAGUUGAGAAGGAGCUGUUGGCGGGGCAAGAAACCAGCGAAAAAGUGAAAAGGAAGAGAGGGCGCCCACCGGCUGAGAAACUGCCCCCAAACCCACCAGAACUCACCAGAACGCUGAACAUGCUGGUGGACAUGGUUAUGAACUACAAGGAUGGGUUGGGACGACAGAUCAGUAAAGGUUUCGUGCAGCUUCCCUCCAAGAAGGAAGUGCCAGAGUAUUACGAGCUGAUCCGGAAGCCCGUGGACUUCAGGAGGAUCAGGGAGCGUGUGCGUAAUCACAAGUACAGAAGUGUGGAGGAUUUGGAAAAGGACGUUUUCCUUUUGUGCCACAACGCUCAGACUUACAAUCUGGAGGGAUCCCAGAUCUAUGAGGAUUCAAUUGUCAUCAAGUCUGUUUUCACGAGCGCAAGGCAGAGAAUCGUCACAGACGAGGAACAGAAGGAGACCGUUGGCGGCAGUCACAGCGAUAAUGGAGGUGCAGCUGAAGACCAAUUUGUUCCAUCAGCAGUGAAACUUCUGCCAGUUCAGAUGAAGGAAAGAAGCAAAAACACCAAAAGGCUGGACAACGAUGUAGAUGGCGAUGAAAACCCAGAAGAUAACGCCUCAAAAGAUGAAGGCUGAACCGAGGGACCCUGCUUUUUUUUUUUUUUUUUUUACAUUUUUGAUCAUGUCUCUGCUUUAUCUUUUUUCAUUUCUUUUUUUAAAAUCAAAAACUAUUUGAGAAAAAAAAGUGGACCACACCAAAAAAAAGCAAUUACCCAACUUCUUCCCAAUGAUUCACACCUCUUUGAGUUACAUGUCGCUGCACAAAGUGCUCGUCCGUUUCUGUCUUUUACUAUAAUUAUACUAUAUGGUUUAUCUGCCUCUGUCCCUGUGAUUGCUUCUGCAGAUAUUAUGUAAAAUGCCACUUCCACAGACGGUUUUUAACAAGCAUAUUUGAUUGUAUGAUAUGCCUUUUUAUGUCCUGGGAGCAUUAAAUUAAUCUGGUCUCCAGAGCAGCAGCUGGUAAAAAAAAAAAUGUAAAGGAUGCCAGAAUUAAAGCACACACAAAAAAGUUUGUAGAAAAUGUACAAUAAUGAAAACAUCCUCAGAUGUGAUUUAAAGAUUAAGCAUAGUGAAAUAAAAUCAAUGAAAUAUGUGAAGAUUCUAAACACUAAAUAGGUCAAAAAGGCAGUCAAGUGGAUAACAUCUUUGCUGUUUGAGGAGGGAAGUGGAAGAUGUCACUGUUAAGACAAUCCCUGGAAACGUGUCAGUUCCAUAAUAAAUUUGACCAAAACAUCCC